AUGGCCGGCUCGACGCCGCGUCGUGUGGCGUGGCCGCCGCCGUCGCGCCGGUCGUCGCUCCGGCCGAGCCCGUGCACGGCCGGCUGCCGUCGCCGGGGCUCGAGCUGGCCGCCCCGUGCCCUGCUUUUGGCCGCGCCGCCGCGUGCCCAGCUGGAUGCGGCUCCGCGAGUCGCCGCCCGGCUGGCGGUCGCCGCCGCGUGCGCGCCGUCCCGUGGCCGUGCCGCGCGCCCUGGCCGCGCCGCGCCAGUGGCCGUCGCCUCGCCCGGCCCUGCUGGCUGCCGGUCAUCGCUCCCGCGAGCGCGCGCGACACGCCAGUGGCCGUCGCCUCGCCCGGCCCUGCCGGCUGCCGGUCAUCGCUCCCGCGAGCGCGCGCGGCACGCCAGUGGCCGUCGCCUCGCCCGGCCCUGCCCGCUGCAGGUAACCGCUCCCGCGAGUGCGCGCGCCUGGCCAGUGGCCGUCGCCUCGCCCGGCCGCGCCCGCGUGCGAGCCCCCGCCGCCGCGCCCGCGUGCGAGCCGCCGCCGCCGCUCGGCUGCCAGGGGAAGCCCUAG